CGGCCCUUUCCCGGCGACCAGUUCGUGGCGGGAAAAUCGAUUCCAAAGGCCGCAUCUUCCCGUCCCAAGCCGUACCUCUUCGCGUCAGUCAGAAUGGAGAUACAACCCGGAGAGCAAGCGGCCACCGAGCCCCCAGAUUUGGGAGCGGGAGGCGGGGAUGGCAGGCCACCGCACGUCGCCGGCGCCCAGGAAACACGUCCCGAGGACCGCCUGACCCUGCUGCUCAGGCUGAGAGCACAGACUAAACAACAACUCUUGGAAUAUAAAUCAAUGGUUGAUGCAAGUGAAGAAAAAACUCCAGAACAAAUCAUGCAAGAUAAGCAAAUUGAAGCUAAAAUUGAAGACCUGGAAAAUGAAAUUGAAGAGGUGAAAACUGCUUUUGAAAUGAAAAAGCUUGCAUUAGACAGGAUGCAACUUUCAAUUGCACUUAAAAAAAACCUGGAGAAAAUUAACCCCCAGACUAGUGUGCUCAUGGAUAACAUGAAACACAUAUUAAAUCUAAACAAAUUAAUAAUGAAAUCACACCAGGAAUCUUGGGAUUUGGAGGAAAAACUGCUUGAUGUUAGAAAGAAGAGAUUACAAUUAAAACAAGCUUCAGAAAGUAAGCUUUUAGAAAUACAGACUGAAAAGAACAAACAGAAAGAUGAUUUGGCUCUUAUGGAAAAUUCAGACAAGAUAAAGGCCAUAAAUCAAAACCUACAGAUGGAGAUACAAAUUACUACAGUCAUUCAACAUAUGUUCCAGAACCUCAUUUUAGGAAGUAAAGCCAACUGGGCAGAGGAUUCUGCACUUAAGGAGAUUGUUCUACAGCUUGAGAAGAAUCUCACCAUGAUGUAAUAAGAAUUCUGCUGUUAUUUUUUGUUCCAUCUUUCAUAUAUUAUUUAAAUAGCAUAUAUCAAGUAAUUUUUUUAAUGUUUUUGAAAGUAUUUUAAUACUGCAAAUUUUUUGUAGCUUAACACUAUAACAUGGACUCUAUUGUUUUAAAUAUGAUAAUUAAAGUGACUGGCAUACUCCAAAAGAAUCUGAAGAUUUUAGCCUUGCAAGGUUCCCAAAAGACAUCUAAUCUAGCUUUCCACAGAAUAUGGACUUUUUUUUACAACAUUCCUGGCAAUCCCAACCCUCACUUGGAAUUCCUUCCUUCCUUCCUUCCUUCCUUCCUUCCUUCCUUCCUUCCUUCCUUCCUUCCUUCCUU